ACAGUUUAGUUGUGCCGCGAGGCUGGAGCGGCGUGUCACGAACUUGUUCAGAUAAAUUAUUGUUGUAAAUAAAUUUAUUUACAUGCAACGUAAUAAACAAUUACUUAACUACAUUUCAACAGUAAAUUACUCGAAAUUAUUUAAAAAAAAAAUUUUUUUUUUCUAUUUUCUCAAUAAAGUAAAAAAGUAAAUUGUAAUUUGUUUAUUACACAAAUAGUCUAAAUUGAAAUUUUAAAGUAAAAAAUUCAAGUAAGCUCAAAAAUAAAGUAGAUAAAUAAAUUCGAGAGCGUAACGUACGAGGAGCAAAAAAAUACGGUGGAUGCAAAAAGAAUAGAAUGAAAACAAAUGUGACAUAGGUGUGAAGAUAAGAGUGAAUUGCGGGAUGGUUUACAUUAUUAAAUUAUCAUCAAGGAGUACGAAUUUGAACUUAGCAAGCUCAGCUGUUUUGCUUGGCACCCUAUGGUUAUUCAUUAUCACUCGUCUCUCUAGGUCUCUGAAAGCUGUAGGUGUUACUGUGCUUCUGCAGACAAUGAAAGUGGAUCUAUGUAACCUGGCAACACGCUAAAGAUGUAAUAUAAUGUUUUUCACCCUUUUGGCACCACAACGUUGAAUUAUUAUUGCCAUUAUUUUGUUUUCGUGAGAUGCUAGAGCGCUGGAUGGAUAUCAACAAUACAGACACAAAUAGUAGCCUAUUAGAAAAAGUUGAGGUGAUAGAACAUCCGGAAUCAGCGAUUUUAUUUAAUGAUUAUCCUCAAUGGCUUCUUUAUUUUGCUGCCGGCUGCUGUGUCCUCUUCAUGUUUAUUGGCAUACCUGGCAAUCUCAUCACAAUCAUCGCACUCUUCCGUACAAAGAAGAUGAGAAACGCCACCGCUGUAUUCAUAAUGAAUCUUUCGAUCUCGGAUCUGAUGUUUUGCUGCUUCAAUUUACCAUUAGCAACAUCUACAUUUUGGUAUGGCUCGUGGACGCAUGGACCACUUUUGUGUCGUCUAUUUCCUUUAUUGCGUUAUGGUCUUGUUGCUGUAAGUCUAUUUACGGUAUUGGCAAUCACGAUCAAUCGAUACGUAAUGAUUGGACAUCCACGACUGUAUCCAAAAUUUUAUAAGUCAAAAUAUUUAAUACUAAUGGUGAUAGCGACAUGGAUAUUCGGAUUUGGUGCUUUAGUACCAACAUGGUUUGAACAAUGGGGUCGCUUUGGUCUGGAUCCAAACAUUGGUUCAUGUUCAAUUCUUCGUGAUACUAAUGGUAAUUCACCAAAAGAGUUUUUAUUCAUACUCGCGUUUCUUACACCUUGCAUUGCAAUUGUCGUUUGCUAUGCAAGGAUUUUUUAUAUUGUACGCAAGACUGCGAAAAGAAGCCGCAGACGUCAAGAAACUACAACUGAUUUUGUCAAAGCAACACUUGAGGUAAAAUAUACAAAACACUUUGAAGACUCGGCAUUAGGUUCAAGUUUUGCUGGAACAGGUACAUCAGAAAAUACCGGAUCUCCAAUAAGAAAUGACAGACAUCUUCAGAGCCAACAAAAUACUUCGUAUUUUUACAUUGAAGAUAAUGAUGAUAAAAUAUUGCACAGCAGUGAAGCAUUGAACAUUCAGAAAAUAACCGAAUACAAUAGCGAUGAAUUGAAAAAUAUAAAAAUAAAUUUACACGAUAUUAAAAAUAAUAGCGAUAAAGAAUGUCAAAAAACAAUUUAUACCGUUUCGAUACCAAAUUUUCAUUUUUCUGAUGUCGACUCAUCAUCAUCACAAUCACAAGAUAAGUCACUAACACACGCUGCUGAUAACCAGGAGAAAAUAGUUACAAGCAAAUCAAUUUUAUCAAACAAUGAUCGGUGCUUGAAAGUGCCCAAAGAUUCGACAAAAAGCUAUCAAGAAUGUUCAACGCGCGUUCUUAAUACGAACAAAUAUGACGGUUCAGAUAUUUCUGAAGAAUUCGUAAGUUCUCGAUCGGAUUCACCAUGUGAUAAUAAUAAACGUAACGUUAAUAGUAAUAAUAAUAGUAAUAGUAAUAUAAAUAUUAAAAGAGGUAGUAUUUUCCGACGAGAAUUGCGAUUUCGUAGUUUUAAAAACCGUAAUGAAUCCGGAAAAAUGUCUGCUAAAGAUAAAAAGUUACUUAAAAUGAUACUUGUUAUAUUUUUGUCAUUUGUUGUUUGUUAUUUGCCUAUAACAAUCGCUAAAAUAUCUAAAGAUAUUAUUGAUUGGCGUGGGCUUAAUAUCGCUGGGUACAUACUUAUCUAUUUAACGACUUGCAUUAAUCCAAUUAUUUAUGUUGUUAUGAGUUCGGAAUACAGAAGUGCGUACAAAAAUGUUCUGCUCUGUCGGGGUGAUUCGUUUCACGAUGCUAAGAGACGUGGUAAAUAAAUUAAUUCUUUUUUUAUUAUUUAUUAUUUUCAAAAUAUUAAAUUAAGGAAAGACUGGUAUUUAAACAACUCGCGUGAUAUUUUUAUUAAUUUCAUGCUUCACAUUCAUAUUUGAUAUCUUCAGAUAAAGAUUUUGUUUUUUCAGAUAAAGAUUUUUACUAUUAAAAAUAAUUUUUUUCUUCCCAUAACGUAACACGUGGGAUAUUUUUGUGAGCACCUAAUCCUAAAAUCACUGCACGGAUUUUAAUAAAACUUUUAAAUUUUGUUUACUAGCUGCUUGCAAGAGAUAUUAUCUCGAAAAGUGAACAAAAAAUUACCUAAAUCGACUCUUGUAGAUUAUGUCACAAUUUAAAAGAAUUUUAAUAAAAAUUUUUAUUCACAAAAUAACGAUGAAUAGAAGCGACCUAGCGAUAGCUUGUGAAAAAAGCGGCAUUGAAGAAUUAAAAGAAAAGUAAUAGCACAAACCGUAGGUCGUAUCCGAAUACGAAUCUAAGAGUACUUUCACAAUUGCAUGGUGGGUUUUUUUUUUUAAUAUUUCGUUUUUAUAAAUCUCAAAAGGUAG